GAAGAUGAGGAGGAAGAGGAUGAAGAAGAAGAAAUAGAUGUUGUGACAGUGGAGAAAAGACGUUCCUCCUCCAACAAGGCUGUUACCACCCUUACUAUUACAGUGCGUCCUAAAAAUACCACUUUUCCAUCAGUCAGGACACAGCAGAAUGAACUGAUUUUAAAACGAUGCGCACCAAUUCACCAGCAGCAUAAUUAUGCCGCCCCUUCUCCAUACAUGGAGAGUGAAGAUGCUCCACCACAGAAAAAGUUAAAAACCGAGGUGCCCCGUCCAGUAAAACCCACGAUCCAACCAAAGUCUAAGAGUUCAAGUCCUCGAAACUCUGAUUCAGAGGAUAGUGAACGUCGACGCAACCAUAAUAUCCUGGAGCGUCAACGGCGUAAUGAUCUACGGUCAAGUUUCCUCACAUUAAGGGACCAUGUUCCAGAACUGGUUAAAAAUGAGAAAGCCGCAAAAGUUGUGAUCUUGAAAAAAGCCACUGAAUAUGUUCAUUCCCUUCAGGCAGAGGAGCAGAAGUUAUUACUAGAAAAGGAAAAAUUGCAAGCUAGACAACAACAAUUGCUAAAGAAAAUAGAAUACAAGCGGACUUGCUAAACUUUUUUUUGUUUUGUUGUUUUUUUGGCUGACCAGGACAGUCAUUGCCACUUUGCACAUUUUUGAUUCUUUAAAAAAAAAUUGUGUUUUUUGACGUUAAGAAUGUUGGUUUUACUUUCAAUCCAGUCCCUGAAGUAAUCGACAAACUGUAUUAUCCGGGUACGGAGCAAAUGGAUGUUCUUGCAAGGAGUUUAUUGCAAGACUACCAAACCACAAUGGACUGCCUUUGUUUUCCUUCUUAAGAACUGUAGAUGGUGGGGAUUUUUUUUUUUUUAAUCGUUGUGAGCAUUUGGAGCUGCUGAUGACAUCGAGUUGAGUUUUAAAACGUUCAUUCCUAAGUUUUAUGGUGCUUAUGUUCUAACAGAUGUUACUUUAGGGGUUGGCAUUUUGUACCCCUGUGGGAAUUUUCUGUAAAUACCAUCUACACACUUGCCUUUUGUACAUGUCUUGGGUUAUGAGAGGUGGCUUUUGCUGCCAGUAUUAGACUGGAAGUUCAUACCUAAGUACUGUAAUACCUCAAUGUUUGAGGAGCAUGUUUUUGUAUACAAAUAUAUUGUUAAUCUCUGUUAUGUACUGUACUAAUUCUUACAUUGCCUGUAUACUUUAGUAUGAUGCUGAUACAUAACUAAAUUUGAUACUUAUAUUUUCGUAUGAAAAUGAGUUGUGAAAGUUUUGAGUAGAUAUUACUUUAUCACUUUUUUGAACUAAGAAACUUUUGUAAAGAAAUUUACUAUAUAUGCCUUUUCCUAGCCUGUUUCUUCCAGUUAAUGUAUUUGUUAAUGUUUGGUGCAUAGAACUGGGUAACUGCAAAGUUCUGUGUUUAAUUUCUUCCAACGAUGUACAUUUAGUGCUGCGUCUUAUAGCACUUUGAAAUACCUCAUGUUUAUGAAAAUAAAUAGCAAUUACAUGAUGUG